AUGAUCUUUUUGCAUGGCACGUGCACCUAUAGGUCUGCCCAAGGCAAAAGCAUUACACUACUAGGAUGCAGAGAGGGACUCUGGGGUGAGGCAGCAGGUUCCCUGGUCCGUGUGCUACGACAAAUAUCAAAGCUCCAGUGUGUUCUCUACAUCGGCAAGGUCGGGUCGAUGGCAAAGGGCUUUGCCGCUAACGAGUGGAUUGCUACUGGAAACGAAUCAUUCAUGGAUGGAAGCCGCAUUUCUUGGAAGGACCCUAUACGAGAAGCCGCAAAAGUCUCUGAUUUGGCAGUACGGGGGAGCCAUGUUUCCGUUCCGUCACCAUUAUGCGAGACCAAGGAAUGGUUACGGCAAUGGCAAAAGACGUCUUCCUGGGUUGACUGUGAAUCAGGACACAUGGCAAAGGCAGCUUUGGAUGAGGGUAUCCAAUUUGGUUACCUGCACAUUGUCUCCGAUAACCUCGCGGACGAAGUGAACGAGAAUUUGUCAAAUGAGGACUGUGUUCCUAUCCAAAUGAAAAGGGAAACCUUGUACCGGGGUAUUGAGGCUAUUUUACGAGAGUUCAUUACCACAUGGGGCACAUAA